AUGGCUCACAUUGCCAAGUGCAUCGUCGAUAUCGACGCCAACCAUAUAACUAAGCCACCGUCGCAGCCUGCAAACGAGCUGAAAACAUCCCCCCAGCCCGAGAAGCCCUUCACCUGGAGAAUGCAGCAACCCGAGCCAUCCAGGAAGUAUCAGCUCUUCCCCAAGGAGAGGCGAUUGCCCAUCCUGAACAGUGGCAAGAACCCGGAAUCUGAGAAGGCUGCCCCGGCUCCCGCCGCCCCUUCAGCCUCGACAAACGAAAAAGCAGAGAAACAAUCGGUUCCCAAUAGCUUCAAGAAGAGACUCAACCAGGCCAGCUUGGUCCGACGCCGCAAGAUCAGUGUGCCCGAGGUUGGACCUAUGACAACUGUUCAAGAGCUUUCAAUGGACUCACCAACCAUUCCUGGUCGCCCGCCGUUUCACGAGCGCUCUAUUAGUGCUCCAGGCCACUCAAGCAGGAAGCACCAACUUACGGAUACCUUCCUUUAUAUCUCUAGCGAUGAUGAAGGCCCUGAUCCUCGCGAGGAGAAAGAGUCUCGCCAUCCAAUGCCUCAAGGCUCGAUCCCCAUCUCGCCCAAGCAUCUUGCCCCAUUGGUCAUCCCCAAGUCUGAUGCACACUCGCCCCUACUCCGACGCCAGCAAUCUCUCAACUACUUCCCCACGAGGAAUGAUUCGCUUAGAACUGGCCGUAACAAUGUGUCACCCAGAAGCCGAACUCCUUACACUCCCGCUUCCUCGAUGCCCGAUCUCACAACUCCCAAAUCAGCAUCGACCAAUGGAGCUUCUACUGGAGCGCUACCAACUCCAGUUUCGGCACCGAUAACCGAAUCCCGACCUGCGUCCCCCAAGCCUGCAGAGGGCCGUUUCACUCCCACUUUGACGGCUGAACCGAGCAGCGUCUUUCGGGGUCACCGAAGGGGCGGCUCUGAAUCAUCGAGCAUGACGGACCGAGGUCGCCCACGAAAGAGGCCCGACUUGCGCACUAACAACGGACCAAUUAUCCAGAGGACAGAGUCCAAGAGGAGCAAGAGCUCUGAGAAGAAGGCUUUUGAGAAGCUCCCCACUGGUGUGAAACAAGCGGACGCCACACAACAGCUCGAACAAUCGGAGCUUGAUUUGCUUCAGAAGCAAGCCUUUGCUCAAGUGGGGCGAUUCGAGGUGCUCAAGUCGACAGACGUUGAGGCUCUAUCAAAGGAACUUCGUCACUUGGAUGAGAGAACCGAGUACCUCCGUCGUACCUACAAUGCUCUCCGUGUAGGCCGCCGAAACCUCCACUCGCGUAUCUGCCAGUAUCUGCGCUCUCCUCGCGUGGCCAAGUUUAGCCACGACUCGAUGCUGAAGCAAGAGGAGGCGCUUGCCGAGCUGGAUGCUUCUAUUGACGACUGGGUCAACAAGCUGGAGCAGGCAGAGAACCGACGCACUCGUGUUCGUCAAAAGCUUCUUGAGCACGUUGCGGCAGCUGCUUGUCUCCCUGUCGGCGGACUGCCCAUGACACCCGAGCCACAGCAGCAACAGGCACCGAGCAGCACUCCCUCUUCAGGUGUCGGCAACAUCUCGACACCGCCCCGAAGCCCUUCUAAGGAUACCUUCACAUCUCCUCACAGCACAAGCAGCCCACACAACUCGCCCUCGCCCCAACGUGUUGUGGCUCAAGUCCCAAGCACCAUCCUGGAGCAGCCUGUCAUUGAGGAGGCAGAGACACAGGAGGAGGAGCCAGAGGAGCGCCCAACAGCCAUGGCAUCUUUGAAGCGAUCCGACGUUGAGAGCAUUCGCAUCUAUGCCGGAGACGACGUUUAUGCCCUCUUGGCUGAUGUUGAGAACGAAAUCACUCUGAUGAGCAAGCAAGCCAGCGAACCCCCAUCGGCAGUCGACAUGAUGGAGACUAAACGGAUCGCACUCCAUCGUCAACGAAGCCACGAGAUGCUCAAUGGCUUGUCUAUUGAUAACUAUGCCAUGAAGCGAAGGGAUAUCUCUGAGCCCAGAGCAGUGUCUCCCUUGGCAUCGCCCCCAACGACCCGUGAAAGCGAGCCUGCUGAGGACGACAUUCCCCUUCUUACGAAUACUGUCUACAAGCCUUGA